CUUUCCCCAGACCCUGCUCCUCUCCCUGGGCGCAGAUUUUUAUCUGCGCUCUUCUGGGUGCCUCUAGUCCAAACCUCUCCAAACGACAUGGAAGAAUUUUUGCAACGUGCCAAAUCUAAGCUGAAUCGAAGCAAACGCUUGGAAAAGGUCCAUGUGGUGAUUGGACAUAAAUCAUGUGACUUGGAUUCUCUCAUUUCUGCAUUCACUUAUGCUUACUUUCUAGACAAGGUCAGUCCACCUGGGGUUCUCUGUUUGCCUGUGCUGAACAUACCAAGAACUGAAUUCAACUACUUCGCUGAAACACGAUUUAUUUUAGAAGAACUAAAUAUCUCUGAUUCAUUCCACAUAUUCCGAGAUGAAAUUAAUCUGCAUCAGCUAAAUGAUGAAGGGAAGUUAUCUAUAACACUUGUUGGCAGCAAUGUGCUGGCAAGUGAGGACAAAACUUUAGAAUCAGCAGUUGUCAAGGUCAUUAAUCCAGUUGAGCAGAGUGAUGGUGCUCUUGAGUUCCGAGAGUCUUCCUCCUCCCUCGUGGUAAAAGAGAUUCUCCAGGAGGCUCCUGAACUCAUCACUGAGCAGCUGGCUCAUCUCCUCAGAGGUAGCAUCCUUUUCAAGUGGAUGACCAUGGAAUCCGAGAAGUUCUCAGAGAAGCAGGAAGAAAUUCUUUCUAUCCUGGAGGAAAAAUUUCCUAGCUUGCCUCCAAGAGAAGACAUAAUCAGCAUCUUGCAGGAGACCCAAUACAGUGCUCAGGGUUUAAGUAUUGAACAGACAAUGCUGAAGGAUCUAAAGGAACUGUCAGAUGGAGAAAUAAAAGUGGCCAUUAGUACAGUGAACAUGACUCUUGAGAACUGUAUGUUUCACAGCAACAUCGCCAGUGAUUUGAAAGCAUUUACAGACAAGUUCGGUUUCGAUGUCCUCAUCUUGUUGGCCCGCUCCCAGUCAGAGGAGCAGCAGCAGCCAAGACAGCAGGUGGCCGUGUACUCUGAGAACUUAGAGCUGUGCAGCCAGAUCUGCUGUGAACUGGAGGAGUCCCAGAACCCGUGCCUAGAGCUAGAGCCCUUUGAAUGUGGCUGUGACGAGAUCCUGGUGUAUCAGCAGGAGAACCCGUCAGUGACUUGCGACCAGGUGGUUCUCCUUGUCAAGGAAGUCAUCAAUAGGAGAUGUCCAGAGAUGGUCUCCAACAGCCGGACGUCCUCCACGGAAGCUGUGGCUGGCAGCGCCCCACUCUCCCAAGGAUCUUCUGGGAUUAUGGAGUUGUAUGGUUCUGACAUAGAGCCACAGCCCAACUCUGUGAAUUUCAUAGAAAACCCUCCAGAUCUUAAUGAUUCUAACCAGGCCCAGGUAGAUGUCAACAUAGACCUUGUCAGCCCAGAUAGCGGAUUGGCCACCAUUAGGAGCAGCCGUUCAUCCAAGGAGAGUUCGGUUUUCCUCAGUGAUGACAGUCCAGUGGGAGAAGGUGCUGGACCUCACCACAAUCUCCUCCCAGGGUUUGACUCCUAUAGUCCCAUCCCUGAAGGGGUAGUAGCAGAGGAGCAUGCACGGUCUGGAGAACAUGGUGAACACUUUGACCUCUUCAACUUUGACCCAGCACCCAUGGUUUCUGGACAGUCCCAACCAUCUUCCCAUUCUGCAGACUACUCCCCAGCAGAUGAUUUCUUUCUGAACAGCGAUUCCUCAGAAGGACAGCCUCCCACGGGCCCUAAAGGACUGGAGGGGAUGGGGAUCGACAUGUCUAAUUAUUCAUCUAGUUCACUCUUGUCAGGGGAUGGCAAAGAUAGUCUUGCAGAGUUUGAUGAGGAGUUUGCCCAAAGACAAGAAAGUCCCAGAGAUGACUCUGAAAGAAAUUUGAACCUAACAGAUUUCAUGGGAGAUGAACCUUCUUCACCAGAAAGACUGAAAAAUAUUGGAAAGAGGGUCCCCCCAACACCCAUGAAUAGCUUUGUAGAACGAUCACCAUCCACUGAAGAGCCAGCUCUACUCUAUCCAGAAGAUAUGACCCAAAACGUAGUUAACUCAGGCCACCUAGAACCACCUCAGACCCGUGCACGGUGCAGCAGCUGGUGGGGUGGUUUGGAAAUGGACUCUAAAAAUAUUGCAGAUGCAUGGAUUUCCAGCGAACAAGAAUCUGUCUUCCAGAGCCCUGAGUCCUGGAAAAAUCGUAAACCAAGCUCAGUUGAUAGGAGAGCCUCAGAGUCUGUAUUUCAACCAAAGGGCCUUGAAUUCUCGAAGUCAGAUCCCUGGGAGUCUGAAUUCGCUCAGCCUGGUGUGGGCAGCAAUAAUAUUCAAAACCAAAAUGAGGAUAACUUGCAGUUUCAGAACCUGCCUGCUGAGAAAUCACAUUUGUCUAAUGCUUCUCCUCAGGGAACAAGCCACCUGAUAGAAGACUUUGCUACCUUGUGGCCUUCUAAUCGCUCUCCCACAACAAUGCCUGAGUCUUGGGGAAAUCCUACAGAUGAUGGUGAGCCAGCUGCUGCAGUGCCAUUCCCAGCCUGGGGUGGGUUUAGUAAAGAAGAUGGUGAAGCUUUGAAAAAUACCUGGAAUCUGCAUCCAACGAGUAAUGAGACUCCUCCUGUGAGGGACCUGAAUGAGUGGGCCAUGACAAAAAGUGGAUUUUCUUUUCCUGCUGAAGACCUGGGCAAUUCACUGGGCAAUUCACCCAGUGAGGCAGAUAACGAAGGAGCUCCACAGAUCUGGGACAAGAAGAACCAUGACUCCAGGGAUAAGAGCCUGAUAUCUAGAAAUCCCACAUCUGAUCUGGAGCAUACAUGGAACACUUCUAAGUCAGCAAAGGAAGAUCAGAAUGGUUUGGUGGAUCCAAAAAUCAGGGGGAAGGUAGAUUCUUGGAACUUAUUUGAGGAGAGUAACAAAAAAGGAGGGUCAGAUGGCCUCGCUCCUUGGGAAGAUUCCUUCUUAUCGUAUAAAUGUUCUGACUACAGUGCUUCCAACAUUGGAGAAGACUCGGUGCCUUCCCCCUUAGAUACCAACUACUCCACCUCUGACUCUUAUACAUCACCCACAUUUGGUGGAGAUGAAAAAGAAAUUGAAAAUAAGUCAUUUGCUAAAGAAGGAGGUCUUGAGUCAAAAGAUGCUAGUUCUACUGCAGAGGAAACAGAAAUGCCCCCUCAGCCACCACAGCAGCCACCUAGAAAUCGAAUUAGUUCAGAUCCUGGGAACCUAAAGAUGUGGGCUUUACCUCACGCAGAUGGUAGUUCUGAAAGCAAUGCCACUCCUGACCCAGAUCAAGCUUUACUCAAGACAGAGCCUGUAGAGGAUAAGAAUACCUCUGCAGGAAAUGACCCUGGGGAAAGCAGCCAGUCCAGUUACGAUGACCCCAACAUGAUGCAGCUGUACAAUGAAACAAACCGCCAGCUCACGCUUCUGAGCAGUAACACCAACUCCCGGCAGACUGCCCCCGAUGGUCUGGACUUGUGGAACGGAGUGAUUCUGGAGGACACUCAGUCCACAGCAACCAUCUCAGAUAUGGAUAAUGAUUUGGACUGGGAUGACUGUAGUGGGGGUGUGGCGAUCCCUGGUGAAGGUCAAGCACAGGGUUAUGUGGCUGAAGGUACUGAACCUGAAACCCGAUUUUCAGUGAAACAGCUUGAACCAUGGGGUGUGGAAUAUCCAGAAGCAAAUCAAGUAGACUGGGAACUCCCUAUUUCCUCUGAGCACAGCAAGGACUCUGCCCUCAAUGACCAUGACACAUUGAAUGAGAAAAGUGGACAGCUGAUUGCAAACAGUAUUUGGGAUUCUGUCAUGAGGGAGAACAAUAUGCCAUCACUAAUGUUACCAGACCCAUUGCAUGUUACAGCCAUACCACAAAGCAGAUCACUUCCUGAAACUCCCAGCUCACCAGAAAAGGUUAAGGAGAGUCAUCUCCGAGAUGUGCUAGAAGCCUCUGGAGUUAGUGAGUCAGGAGCACUUACUCCUGAUCCCCACAAGCAGGACACAUCCAGGGGAACCCUGAUUAGUGACACAGCAACAUUGGUGACCGCAUUUGAGAAUCCAGGGCAUUUUGCAUGCCAAGAUCCAUGGAAAGAUCCUAGCUACGGACAAAGUGAAGUUGAGACAGAAUCUCAUGGAGUCACUGAGAAGGAGAACCUUGGUGAGGCAGAGGUGCUGGAUGGAGUCUCGGACAUUUCUGGGAAAGGGCAAGAUGACAAAGAAUGCUCUCCCCUAGCUGCAUCUGAUCAUCAAGAAAUCUGCUAUGAAUUAGGCAGAGUCAGCCCUCUUUCAGUCACUUCCAGUCCUCAGUCAGAGGUGCCCCAGGAGGUUUUAGAACAUGAGAUAGGGUCAUUGAAUUUAGAACACUGUGAUGUGCAAAUAGAGGUGUCCACAAAUCACCUGCAGGUACAAGAGACCUGUGAAAAUCACCUCACAAAUCACAAAAAUUCCUGUGAAACUACUGAAAUUUCAGGUAGACUGAAUUUAACAAAAAAUAUAUCUUCACCUGAAUUGAAUCUUGGGAAAACUGAAGAAUGUAACAUUCUGGAGUCAGAGAGAAUGACCCAAGAGUCUUCUCGUGAACAUCCUCAAAGUCCCAAUGUUUGGGGUGACCAUAUAGACAAUGAUGUGCAGGUCAAUUACACAGAUUCUGAAAUAACUAAGAAUCUUGAAGUUAAUAGCAUUGAGAACAGCUCCCUGGGAGCCAAUUCAUCUGCAAAUUAUGACAGAGACAGUAUUUCUAGUGAGUGUACACAUUCAAGUGCAUCGACUCCUGAUUUAAAUGAUUCUUUAGCUGCAUUGUCUUCUUGGGGCCAGGAACCCAAUGCUGAGCAUCAGAAGGUGAAGCGAGAUAAUUUGAGUAAAAAAGAUCACCAAGAAUCUGAACUUAUUAUUACUGAUGGCCAAGAAAUUACUGAAAUGAAGGACCUGGAGAAAGACAGAAUGGACAGGUUUGAAAAGAGCUUAGAUCACAAGGUUCCUAAGUUUUUAGAGGUUUGGAAUGACUCAAUAGGUGGUGAUUCCCUCUCCUCUUUAUCUAGCCCUGAAAUGGGAAAAUAUCCUGAUAAUUCAGGGACACAUGAGGAAAAAAAUCUAGUGGUGAGCCAUCCUGAAAAAACUGUAUGUGAUAGUCCUGAAACUGUUCAGCCAGAGGAUGCCGAGUUUAUUUCAACAAACUCAGGUUUUGAUGAACAUAGCGUGGGCAAUGAAGAGAAGGAGAAAGAGAUCCAUUUGCCUACUUGCGAAGUAGCUCAGCAUGAAUCCAGAGCUUGGGAUUCAUUGAGUGAAUCUGAUAAAUUCUUGCCCACAACUGAUCCCAAGCCUGAGGAAUCUUCUGAUUAUGCAGACAGUUCAGAACCAGCAGAGAAUGAGAAUAAGUCAAACCCAUUCUGUGACCAUCAAGAUAGCAGUCCUGAAGGCUGGAAUUUCUCACCACUAAAGACGGAAAUGCAGAUGACAGUGGUAGAUAAGGAGAGGCAAUCCUCUCCAGAAGCAAGGAAUAAUGGAGAUACUCCAUGGCAAAUAUCUCCCAAAACAGAACCAAAGAAUGAAAACUAUUCUAAAUUGGAAAUGCUUGGCUUCUCAACCGAGAGCACCGAGUGGUGGAAUGCCUCGCCACAGGAAGGGCGACCAAUUGAAAGCGCAUUUGAAGGGGAACUGUCUAAUCCAAGUGACAUGUCAGAGAUGAAUUCUUCAGCAUAUCAAAAGAUGGGUCCCUGGGGAGUACCCAUUCAGGGUGAUGCUGAUUCCAUGGCAACACAUUGUACAAGUCCUUUCAGCGAUAAACAUCAGUCACCCUUUCAGGAUAGUGAUGGAGAAAGCUCCCAUCAGCAACUAUGGAACAUUCAACCAAGAGAGCCAGACCCAGAAGCUGAUCAGCUUAGCCAGCUUGUAAUAUUGGACCAAAUUAAAGAAAAAGACUCAAGAGAGCAAGCCUCCUUAUCUUCUAUGGGUGACGCACUCACUUCCGAAACACCUACCCAAGAGCGGUGUCAGAAUACAGCGCUGUCCGUCUGGGACCAGCCAGAACCAACACUUAUUCACACCAAUGAAAAUGGAUGUGUUAUAUCUAAUGUUUCAACUAUUGAGAGUCAAGAAGCAAUUUGGUGGGAACAGGAAAAAUCAUACCCUAGUGAAAUAACAAAUUCAAUGGUUGCCUCAGAAGAUUUCCCUGAUGUCAGUUCUUCCAACCAAUUUAUAAAGAAGUCAAGCUCUCAGUGGGAUGGCUCUACCCCUAGUGAGGAAUCCCAAGGCACUUUUGUUCCAGAUAUUCUCCAUGGCAACUUCCAAGAGGGUGGGCAACUGACCUCACCUUCACCUGACUUGUGGAUGGAGGCAAAGCAGCCCUUCAGCUUGGAAGCAAAUGGUGAGAAUCCUGACAUAUUGACUCAUUGUGACCAUGAUACUAAUUCUCAAACUUCCAACAGCCCUGAUUUAUGUCAUGAUUAUGAAGCAAAGCAAGAGAGUGAGCCUCAUAUCAGUGCUGAGGUGGAUUCUGAAGGGGAAUCCAGUGAGUUAUAUCUCACUGAGCAAAAGAUGAGUGAAGAACCCAAUCAAGAGUCUGGGCAGGAAUUUGUUCCAUACAAUUCAGAACUGUAUUCUGAAAAUGAAAUUGCACUGCCUUCAAUUUGUGAUCAAGCAAACACAAAUGGCUCAUCUCAGCCUGUCUCUCCUGAAAAUUCUCCUGAACCUUCUGAAAUAAAUAGUGAAGACAGUAGAGGUUUACAAGGACAAGAAAAAGGAGCUGAACCAGCUAUAGCAUCUGUUUUGGAACCUGUUGACUUAACAGUUCCAAUAGUUGAAAAUAUGGGAAUCAGUAUUUUGGUAACUCACCAAGAGCCAAUUAUGGAUGUCAACAGCUCUUAUAUGUCAGAGGACUUUUCUCCUGAGAAUCAGACAGAUGCAGGAGGUUUGGAAAAUCCUGUCACACUUCCUGGUACUUUGCUAGUGUCAGACGCUUGUCUGGAUGUAAGUGAAUCUGCCCUUGAUCACAGCUUUAGCACAUCCACAGGAACAAUAGAUGACAUGAGUAAACUGACAUUAUCAGAAGGAAACCUCGAAAUGUCAGUUGAUGGAGAUGCAGGCAAGCAAGAUAUCUGUUCCUCUGAAGCCUCAUGGGGGGAAUUUGAGUAUGAUGUCAUGGGCCAAAAUAUUGAUGAAGAUUUAAUGAAGGAGCCUGAACACUUUUUCUAUGGUGGUGACCCUCCUUUGGAAGAAGAUGCUCUGAAACAGUCGCUGACACCUUACACACCUCCCUUCGAUUUGUCUUAUCUCACAGAGCCUGCCCUUGGUGAGGAAAUGACAGAAGCAUCUGAGGUUCCAGAGGAUGAGUUUCUACAGACCAAAGCAGUAGAAAUUGUGCUUUCUGCCCAUCCUGACCAAAGAAGUAAAGAAGACGUCACUGACACUAAGAACAAACAGCCUGAACACCAGCUGGCUGUGCUGCAUAUUCAUGAAGACCCCGAGUCAGUUUCUUUGCCUGAAGGAGCAAACUCCAACCCUGAAUUGUCACCAUCAAACACUGACUGGGAGGUAGAAACAGAGAAUUCAGAUUCACCAGCAGGUGGAGAUAUAGUACCACAGAAUGGUGCCAGUGAGGAAAUAUUACAGUCGGAAGAAGAAAAAAUAAUUCCUACCAAAGAGCCUGAGCAGAUAGAACCAGAAUAUGGAGAAGAAAGACACACAGAGGAAAAUGAAGACCAUCAUGACCUACACAUGGAUUAUAUACUUGUAAACCAUGAAGAAAAUUUAUCCCCCAACCCAGACGCUGGUGAAGCAAAAGAAAGCACCUCUGAAUUAGAAGAGUUUCAUAGAGGUUCCAAAGAAACAGCAUUGCCAGAAACUCAGUUAGCAAGCUUCCCAGACUCAUGUCAGCUGGCCUUAGAUGAAAGCAAAGAUCACUCUGUAGAGACAAUGUCUCCCACAAAUGAUAAGAGACCAUCUCUAGAAAGCCCUGGCAAAGACCAGACUUGGAUGGUCUUGGGCCACAGUGAGGUUGGUGAUCCAUCACCCAAAGCUAAGGACUCAGAGCCAGAAGAGGCUGGUAAGACUGUGGAGCCAACCUCUGAUCUCAUCUUGGACAAGGGUCCCCAGAUGCAGAUUCUGGGAGAACUGAAGCCCCCAGAAACUUUAGCUCUAGAGGAAGCCUCUGGUUUGGACAGCCAAUCACGGAAGAGCAAGAGCCGAGGCCAGGCUGGCUCUGAUACAGUUAUGUUGCAGACUGUCACCCAUGACAAUGAAUGGGAAAUGCUGUCACCACAGCCUUCUCAGAAAAACAUCAUCCCUGAAAUGGAAAGGGAGGAGGAGACAGAGUUUCUUGAGCCCAGAAAAAGGAAACCAAGACCAAAAGGACAACUGUCAGAGGAUGUAGGAAUGGACAUUCCCUGUGAGGAGGGAAUGCUGAGUCCCAGUGCAGCAGACAUGAGACCUGAUCCUCCUAAUUCUCUGGAUCUUGAUGGUACUCAUCCACGGAGAGUCAAGCUCACAGCCCCAAAUAUCAAUCUUUCUCUGGACCAAAGUGAAGGGUCUGUUCUCUCUGAUGAUAACUUGGACAGUCCAGAUGAAAUUGAUAUCAAUGUGGAUGAACUUGAUACUCCUGAUGAAGCAGAUUCUUUUGAGUACACUGGACAUGAGGAUCCUCCAGUAAAAAAAGAUUCUGGCCAAGAGUCAGAGUCUAUCCCAGAAUAUACAGCAGAAGAAGAGCGGGAGGACAACCGGUUGUGGAGGACCGUGGUGAUUGGAGAGCAAGAGCAACGGAUUGACAUGAAGGUUAUCGAGCCCUACAGGAGAGUCAUUUCUCAUGGAGGAUACUAUGGGGACGGUCUCAAUGCUAUCAUUGUGUUUGCUGCCUGCUUUCUGCCAGACAGCAAUCGGGCGGAUUACCACUAUGUCAUGGAAAAUCUUUUCCUAUAUGUAAUAAGUACUUUAGAGUUGAUGGUAGCUGAAGACUAUAUGAUUGUGUAUUUGAAUGGUGCAACCCCAAGACGGAAGAUGCCAGGGCUAGGCUGGAUGAAGAAGUGCUACCAGAUGAUUGAUAGACGAUUGCGGAAGAAUUUGAAAUCAUUCAUUAUUGUUCAUCCAUCUUGGUUCAUCAGAACAAUCCUUGCAGUGACACGACCUUUCAUAAGUUCAAAAUUCAGCAGUAAAAUUAAAUAUGUCAGUAGCUUAUCUGAGCUCAGUGGGCUGAUCCCAAUGGAUUGCAUCCAUAUCCCAGAAAGCAUCAUCAAGUACGAUGAAGAAAGAUCUUUUAAGAGAAGUGUGAGUAUUGACCUGAAGCUGAAAGAAAAGCCUUAGCUGGCCAUGGCUGAAGAAGAGGAUGGUUUUCUGCUUCAUAGUUCUGUUGAAACUUAUCUACCUGGAAGAGAUAGGGCUGAUGGUACUUUUUUCCACUUUGCACUACCUGGUGCCAUUCUAAAUUUCUAAGGGAAAAAACAAUGAGGGAAUUUGUUUACUCUUCACAUGUUUUUUGAAAUUGUGUGUAUUUUCCUAUUUUGCCAAGUAUGUGCCUCAAAGAUUUUAGUUGAACCUUAGCAAAAAAGUAGGACCUUCUAUUUCAAUAUUUCCUUACCCCUUGGUGCAGUGGCAUUUCAUCUCUUAGAUUGGUAUGGACAAAUAAGAUAACUUCAACCCACUGCUAAUUGUAAGUGGAUUUACUCCCAUAGGUUAGCUGGAUUUCUCCUUAGUGACCAUUUGAGGUUUAAAAUACACAGGGCUCAACUCUCCUUGAGAAGGUUCUCUCUGCAUAACUGUACCUUUAAAAUCCUAAGUUUGCUUAACACAGCCAUAAACUGAGACAGGUAUGAAAUCACAAUCAGUUAAGUGUCCAUUGGCUUUUGUUCACAUGAAUCAUCUCUAACUUCGUAAAAGGCAGUUAGGUGUUAUAGUUGAUAUCAGUCUUAUCAAAUUUGGCAUCAUGUUUUGGAUGAAUUGGUCUUUUAAAAAAUCAUCAUUUCUUCAGUGUGUGAUGAAGACCUCCACGUUGAGAAACUUAAGGAUCAGUGUCCACAUUUUUGGUAGCUGUCUGUACUGCAGGUGAUAAACUUACUUCAAGAUGUUACAUGUUAAACAUCAGUAUAUCAGUUUGUUCACCAACUUUGUUCACCGUUGCUGGCAUCAUUAUUAACAAUGCUCCUUUUUGCUGAAUCAUGUCUCCUUCUGGAGGAUGAGUUACAUGUUCCCCAUGUCCCCAGGAAUGAAUGGAGAACCCAGUGUUCAGUGGAGUGGAGUGAACCUGAGGACAGAGCUGUUGAUACAGGGCUCUUGCUAGAGUCCAGCAAACACAUUAACAAUCUAACCAUUCACGCUUUCUUUGAACUUGUCAAAUUUGCCCAUGGAAGACUACUCAGGAGUCGUUGAAGCUUCACCUUCCUACAUGGAAACUAAGGGCAUCUUUCCCAAUUACUGAUUUUGUUUGGGCUGCUCUAUGGGCUGUGUAACCAUUCUGAUAGUUAGCAUCUGAUAUUUUAUUAUCUUAAAAAGAUAAAUUAAUUUAAUUGCACGUGUUAGAGAAAAGCCACCAUGUAAAUUCAAUCCAAGUCAAUAGCAUACUAGAAGAACCUACAAAAAACUCCCUAAGCAGAUAGGUAGACAGAUGUAAACAUUCACAUCAUUAGCUAUCUAACACUUUCAUUCUGACCAUUCUUGCUUGGGUUCUGACUUCUCGAAACUGGUUUGCACUUUUCCUGUGAUUGGUAGUCGAGGGAACCAAGGGGGUCGCUGGGGCGAAAGUAUUAUUUUCUCAAAGUGGCAACUGCUCUUUACUAGUUGCUUGAUUAAAAGAAGGAACAAAAAUAUGCAUAGAAGAUAUUGUCAAGGAGUGAGAAAAUUUGUUGCAGGGCAAAAGCUAAGUGCAAGGAACCCCGAAGUUCCUGUGGAAGCCUUACAAUGUUUUUAGGGUUUAUCUUCUAAACAUGUAGAAGUCACUACUCCAGGUCUUUGUGUUAUGGUCUCAUCUUAAGUAUUUAGUUAAUGGAACUACAGUCCCAAUUCUCAUCUAAUCGCCAUGCCUCAGUAGCUUGCUCCCUUAGAAAUGUUUAGAUGUGCACAAAUUAAACUUUUAUAUAUUUAGAGUUUUUUCUACCAUGUAUUGGAUUGCUCUGAAUAAAGUAUCUAUUAGACUUUGUUUUGGUAAAUAAAUUCUUCCUAGUGUGGAUUAAUAAUAUAAAAAUAUGUGAUGAGACAAUAUAUAUAAAUAUAUAUCUCCUCUCUGUAUAAUUCAGAAAUAAAACUU